AUGCCGGCCAACGCAUCUAAGCAGGUACCAGCUGCUCUGGACGUCGUAGAUGAUCCGGGUGCCCCGCCUACCGUGACAAAACCAGCGGGGUCAAAAUGGCCGCCUAGUGAUCCCUUUCAACGUACCUGGUCCACCGCUGUCCCGAGUGCCGCGCGAUGUGUGCGUGUAAGUAUUGCAAAUACGGGGCAGCCAUGGAUGCCUGAUCAUACGUGCCUCGUUGCACUGAAUGCCUUGCACGAUGCGAUGCUUUCUCAUCGCGACACGGUGUUAGAGGAGCUGGCUGACGCCGUUGCAUCCAUUGAGCUGCCUGCGACGCUUGACAUGCCAGCUGCAUCGAUCUCUCUCUACCGAUGCUUGUGUUUGCUUCGUGUGAUUACUUCAUGCUUGUUUUACGAAUGGAAGCAUCACCAAUCGGAUGAGACGCUUCGGCAGCGCCAGUCGGGUCUAUGGAGCGAUCCAGCGCCAUUGCAUGAGGCGCUUGUGCAGCGUUUACUGACACCCCUUCUCUCUCACAUGGAGCACCUGAAUACGUACGAACGUGCAUGGCUGAUGCAUCGGCACUUGCAGAAUCGACAAGCCCUGUCGCCAGAAACCGACCGAGGGCGUACGUUGCCGUUCCGGCAUCGCGAGGGUACAGAGGCAUCGCUGCGCGAGCGUGAAUGUGAUACAUUGUUUGCACAAAAGGAUGCGCACAAAGGUGUAUAUGUGGCCACGGCGAGUGCUCAUGCUUACUUUGUGCUGUACCCUGCCUUUCCUGCGCACUACACGGCGUUCUCUGCAGCAUCGCAGGGUAUGUCCAUGCACCCUACGCUCUGGAAUACACCUGCUGAUGCACUGGAUGCGACGCCACGUACAAUUUCAGCCCAUGUGUACCGUGCUGUGUCGCAUGCGCUGUUGUACAUCAGCGCUGCCAACUGGGACGCCACCAUGCGGCUCCUCGGUCCUCUCUCGGCCAUGCGGACAGAGGGCCGCGCAUUUGAGUGCUUGCACUGGACUUGGUCACGCCUGGUUCCUCUGCUCCAAGAGGUCAUCCGCGAUGUAGGCUCUGUCUCACGUCAGGCGCUGUGUUUUAUGGGCGUGAGCCUGCGACGCAUUGUGCAUGUAUGGCUGCACUACCAUACGGAAGAACGACGCACGCUGCCCCCGAAUGUCGCUGUGGAUGCGAUUCUCCCGACGUUUCACGCGCUGCAUACGCUGGCAGAAGGGCCGUACCGACGUCCGCAACUCUGGCCCACGCUGGCUGCGUUGGUAGCCGUAGCGCCGCCGCUUUUUUCCACGCCACGAGCUCGGCGUGAGCAGCAAACCAAGAUGCUAUCGUGGCUCGAUACGCUCUUGCAUCAUGUCCAGCAUGCGCGCCUCGGUGUUUCGGCCACGUACGCACUGGUGCUGGUCCACGAUAUGGCUUCGUAUGGCCGCGUGGUUAUGCCCGCCCCCUACUCGCAGACACUGCUGCAGCGCUGGCAGGAUACGUUAUCUACGCUGACCAUUGAAGACAUUCGUCUGGUAGGCCAAGCUCUGAUUGCUUCAUUCCGUGCUGAUGCGCGUGUAGAUGCCGUGCGUCUCGUGCAGCUCUGCGUGGCGGAGAAGCCGUCGUAUCCAAGUCUGCUUGUGGUGGCGUAUGCCCUUGUGCAGCUGCUGUGUGAGUACCGCGAAGAUCGUCGAUGGAUGGAUGUUUUAUACCCUCGGUGUGCACCCGUGUUGCGCCGCGUCUUGCGCUCGAUUGUGCGUACAUGGCUCACAAGCCAGCACAUGUCGGAGAUGGGCCAUUCGCUCUUGCAUGCGAUUCUCUUUAUUGCUGUGCUGGAUCCCGAUGCGGUGUUUGCGCACAUGCCACCUUCUCGGCCAGGCGAACUAGAUACAUUGCCGCUGCCAUUCUCCGGUCCUGUGCUGGACACAGCGCUGCAGGCGGAUACGCGCGUGUCCUUUGUCUUGGCCUUGGUUUGCAUGCCUGGCAACCUGGCGCAUGUCCAUGCGGCCUCUCUGGCGGCACUGCAGCGCAUUAGUGGCGGCCUGCCAUCGGCGACGGUCUUGUCGCGGUUCGUGUUCAUGCCGCCCUCGCUCCUUACGUCGCGGCAACCACCGUGCGAGAGCUCCAAACGCGUAUUGCGUCUUCUUGCGCCGUACGAUGCGCAGGUCGCAGAGACCGCAUCGCGUCGCGUUAUGCAGGCAGGUUCUCGUGGUGCGCAACUGUACUGGCUCGUCUCGCUGCAGACCGCCGCGACACGCGCCCUGCACUCGCAUGCGCCGAUCCCGACGCUGCCGGCGAUGGCUGCGGUGGUGUUUGGUCUUUGCAUGCCGAACAAGCUGGUCGUUCGCACUGCGCAAGAGACCGCUCGCGUGUUUUCCGAGAGCAUUCAGAUGCCGAUGCCGAUCCCUGUGCUGCUCGAGCGGAUGCCUACGUUGGUCCAAAUUUGCAGUGCGCUGCGUGCGAUCUCGCCGCCCAAUGCCGUCGUGGCCAUGGCAUGGUCAGGAUGGCUGCAGUGGGCGUAUGCGUCUGCGCAAGCGGCGCCGCCGCAAGGGACUGUGCGUCAUGAAGACUUGAUGCAUGUGGCCCAAGUCCUGGUCGCAAGUGCCAAGCUAGGCUUGUACGGCGUGUCGUAUUCAAGCGAUAUGCUCUUAAUUCGCACCGUCUCGCACUUGCUCCUGGGCGCCACCUCUACGCACGACAUCGCCCAUGUAUUGCUGGAGGCUGUACCGACGACUGCUUUGCCGCUCGUUCUCCAGCAAGUGUAUGCUUCGUCCACCGUCCUCGCUUCCAUGUCGACGACCACGGCCUCGUCCAAUGAGCUGAUUGAUACAGCGCUGCGCCUGCUUGAAGUGCUGAUCCCCCGCAUGGAUAUCAUUGAGCUGAGCGAGAACGAUUUGCAUCGCGUUGUGCAGCUGUGUGUACUGUGUAUGCGCCAUGCUCACCGGCCUGCCGCUCGGCGAAUUGUAUGCCGGGCCGUCAUGGUGGUAGCCUUGAGUGAUUGCGAGGCGUUGCAGGUGGUCCAACCUGACCUGCUCGAUGGCAUUCUUCCGUGGGGCCUCCAAGUGCCGCAGCUACGCCGGCACGUCCUCGCGGCCAUUGAGCCCCUUCUUCGUCGGUGGACGCCGCACUUGUCCGAGUGGGCCUUGCGUAUUCAUGAAUCGGCAACGGAAGCGACGAUGCGUCGUACAGCGCGUGUGGUCGACCAGAUUCUGCACAUAGCGUGCUUGGAAAACGACGCCGAUCUUUCCUCGUUUACGCACGAUCCACAUACCAUGGGGCGUACGCACAAUCUUGCGGUCGAGGCCCUGUACCAUGUCCUUCGCCAGAACCUGCCUUUCCUAGCGCGCGAGUUGGUACAGUUGCUGACACGCUCAGAGCCCAUUGCGCGGUACACUGUGAUGCUGGCCAUGGCGCGCGUCGUUUCCUCGCCCUCGUUCACAGCGGCAGUUGAGGCGGCGGUGCCGCCACCGCCCACGACCUCUGAAGUGUUGCUGAGUCACGAUACGCAGUGGCUUGUCGGUGUGCUUGCGCGCAGUACGAUGGCCGAUGUCCCUCUCUGGGAGCAGGCUCUUGCUGGAUUUCUUACGGCCGCGCAAUGGCGUCGUUUGCUUGCCGCUGUGGUGCGUGAGGAAGUGCAGGCGUGCACGUCCGAGAACCUCUUGCUGCGGGCCAAUACCACGACGCUGCGGUUCUUGUCUGUGUACGCACGCCGCAUCGCGUAUGUCCAAGUCCAAGCGGUGGUCCGCGACAUGCUCACGUUCGUUAGCACUUUGCCUGACUCGGCCCUGGAUCUAGAUUGGUCGCUGGACGGCCCUGUACCCAUGUCGGUGCGGCAGCACGACACGGCGAUGCGGCUCAUUGCGGCGCUCACUGCAGCGCUUGUCACGUUUAUUCAUACCAUGCCGAUUGAACUCCAUUGUCUGUGUAUGGACUUGUACUACACGGCGGUGCCACGCUACGGCGAGCUAAGUGCGUCGCGCGCCCUGGGCGUGUUUCUUUGCUUGCGCGUGCUGGGUCCCGCUGUCGCCACCCCAUCGAGUGUCGAAGUGGCUGUGCCCACACCCGGGGCCCAGCGCGCGCUGCGUUUUCUGAACAAGGUGCUGGUGGCCCUGCCGCAAGGCAGGUUCUCAGCGUACCGUGAUGCUGCGUGCACGUCGGUGAACAGUGCCGUGGGCGCUACGACGGCGUUCCUGGAUCGUGUCCUGCGCGUGGCGUCAGAGCGACGUGUGUAUGAGCCACCGCCGACGACGCUUACGUGGUCUGUGCCGCAUAUGUUCCACCACCUACUUCGUGGCCGGUUGGAGCCCCUCGCGCAGGCGGGCGAUGCCAUUGCGACGCAAGUCCUCGCUUCGAUGCCACUGGCCCGCUCGCUCUCUGAGCGUGUGGCCUUGGUCCUUGGUCAGCAAGAUCAAGAACAAGCGUAUACAUCGUUCAUGCAGUCGAUGGCUGCCGAGCCGGACGCCUCGGAGGCGAGCGACAUGUUCUUUGAAGUGCAGGGAGAAACGCAACGUACCUUCCUUGUGCUAUACACCAGUGUGGACAUGAUCCAUAUUGAUAUCCUACGUAUUGCGCGAUACAUGCUAUCGAAAGUAUCGCCCCUUCGUACGCCAUGGACCUUGGUACUGGAUCUGUCUGGCACGUCAGAUCGUCACCUGCUUCAACUGCAGUUCAGUACGCUCAUUGUGACGCUCAUGCCUCGCGAAGCGUUCCGUCAUUUGCAUACCCUCACUGUGCUUCAUGGCUCGUACGCCAUGUUGCAGUAUGGCUGGACGCUCUCUGGCGCGACCACGCAAAGCCCUUUCAUUGCGCGACGCCAAGCGGAAGGUGGUCCGCCCCUGCACAUUGACUGGAUCUCGGGCCCCAGCGAUUACGGCCGGCUAAGUGAUCAUGUGCGUGCUUCUCUGCCCGUGUUCACGCAGCGUUUGCUUGCUGCUCGUCCGACGUUCCAAGCGAAUGCGUUGACGCUCGAUGAUGGCCGUCGGUUCCCAGAGCCUGCCGUGCUCAUUACGACGCAAGACCAUGUACUUCUACGUACGAUUCCUGCGCGGCACGACGGCAUGAGUCGCCCAUCGACAUGCGACAUUAUCCCUCUGGGCGACUUGGUCUUGGAUUCAGACCAUGUAUCGUACAUUCGCCUCUUGCGCCGCUCCUGUGCUUCGGAACUUUAUGUACGAACACGCGAGUGUGUGGACAUCUUGCACGCCCUUCGUCGUGCACAGAUGCGACAUGACAACUAUGCGCCGGGUGUGCACAAACCCAUCUCCUUGCCAGAGGUACGUGCAGCCUUGACCGGCAUGGGCCUCUUUCACCGGACAGCCUCGCAGUGGCCUCUUCGCUCCGCGGCAGAUACACUUCUUCGUGCGCUGGAUCUUCUAUCGAGCACGCCGGUGGCGAUGUACACACCGCCCAUCGCUCCAUCGUUCCAAAUACCCGCCCCCCUACAGGCCGGUGCCCUGACGAUGGUGCUGGAUUUGGCGGCAUGCCUCGGGCAACACCAUGUACACAUGUCCGGCUUGGCCGGUCUCAUGGACGCCGUGCCUGUGUCUGUGCUUCCCUGUCUCAUGCGCAUGGCACUUUCUCUCUGGCUCGUGCAUCCCAACCUGCGCCUCGCACUCCAGAGCAUGUGGCAGGCCCUUGCAUCGCAGCCUACCUCGAUACUUAGCGUGUUCCUGGAGGCGUGCUUGGAUAGCACACCUACGUCGCCGUCCAUGGUUAUGCAUGCGGUACAAGAUGCCGUUCUUGCUGCCGCCGUACCCGCAUUGCAUCAUAUUCUGAUGGCGCGCAUCAAUGCGAUGCUCACGUCGGCUCUUCGCCCUGGUGCUUGGCACCGUUUGCAAGCCCUGGUUGCUUUGCAUGCCGUCCAAUGCUCGGUACCUUCCACGCCCCUGGAGCAGUACUUGCCUGACAUUGUGACGAUCAUUCUUCUCUUUGCACAUGGAGGCUCUCAACCACUGCACCAUGCCGCGCAUGUCACCCUCGUCAAUACCCUGGCCGCGUGGCCUGUGCCGUCGAUCAUGGCCGAUGUGGAAGAAGCGAUGCGGCCGUCCAGCGACGCGCCGUUGGAGCGGCUCUUAGCCCUGGUUCACUCGGCUCUGCGUGCUAUGGCCCCCACACCGACUACAUACACGGCAUGGUGCGAGGCGUUGGAACGCAAAGUGCAAGCUGUGGCCCUUACCUCGGAUGGUAUUAUGCAGGCACGUGCCUUGCAUUUGUGGGCGUAUGUGGCGACGCCCUCUCCGGCGAUGUUCCGCACGGUGGGCGGCGUCUUGUUGGCCGCGUACCCGCAUGCCCCCGUCACUGUGGCCGCGGCUGCGUCGUGCUGGGCCCGUCUGUGCCAGCCCAGCAUGGCGCCGUGCUUGUUCUGGGCCGGCAUGGCUUUGAUUGCUGGCGGUGUAGCUACAGGCGGCGUCCAGCUAGCCCAGGCUGCGCUGGAUGCGCUCCCGAAGGAUCGCACAACACUCGAUUUGUUGUUGCGGACCCGCCAUAAUCACUUGGCGUACCUCGGAGCUCUCGAGGCUGAGUUGGGCGUCUCGUUUGAGCGUGACUUUUCUUUGGCUGCCGCGACCGUGUUGCGUGUCCCGCUGUGGUCCGGUGAUCCGACAUUAGAGGCAGCGACGCGAGUCUUGGUCCAGCACUUAUCCAACCUUGUGCCGAGCACGUGGGAAGCGCCAUCCAGUACACUGCCUACAAUUAUGCCCGGGGUGCCUGAUGCCUCUUUAUGGCCUGCAACAUUUGUCCCGCCAUCAUCGAGCUCGUUCACGUCGUCGUCGCAUGCCAGUGUCCCGCCAUUACACUCCCCCUCGCAUACUCUGUCCGGUCUUGAUUUGUUAUCCAGUACCGAUUCAGUGGAUCAGACCACAGCGGCUCUGGCAUCCACGUGUUUGUACGAGCCUUGGGAUGAGGAGCCAGAUCCUAUGUCGACCGCCCCUCUCUCAACCUCGCCGUCGCAUUCACACACACACUCACACUCACAGAGUACGUCACCGUUGUCACCUUCCCAACGCAAGACAUUGUCAGACUCCCAUUCGUCUACCACGCUCCAUACGGUGACUACGAUGCACAAACCACUGCGCUCCUUGGUGCACAUGUCGUAUGCCGACUCGUUGCUGCCACAUGCGAAUGAUACACAGAUGCAGACGCUCUUGUCGAUCCUGUCCGAAUCGGAUCCCAAACGCGAUCAUGUUCUCACAAGUCCUGUGCAUACACACUUUGCGUUGACGCCGUUUGACCAACUGUCGCUGGUCGGCCUACAACGUCCUGAAGAUACCAUUUUCGCUGUUGCAGAAUGCCAAGCGUGGCUGCGCCAUGUGCUGGACAUUUGCCAGCGCUCGUAA